UCUUGAGAGAAAAAGAAAAAGAAAAUCAAUUAGAUCGAUGCAGGAAGUUUCUUGGCGCGGAGUUCAGAGAUUUUUUUACAGUGAGAUUCUUCAAUCUUUGUCGCCGGAAAACCCACACCCGCACUCGAAAUUUCUCUGUUCAAAUCAACUCGUUUCAGCUCCAGAGAAAUAUAGAAGAAGAAAACUCUCAGUCGUUUCUCUCUGCACUUCUUCUGCAAGCUUCGCUGUCUUCGAGACUCUGAUCUUCCCGCUGAAAACCCAGCUAAUCCCAUCUGGAUCCGUACCCAGAUCCCCAAACAAGCUCAGCUUUCGCCAUAACGUCAGCCUCACAGUGUCUCUCACCGUCGGAACUCCUCCACAGAAUGUCUCCAUGGUUCUCGACACCGGCAGCGAGCUCUCUUGGCUUCCCUGCAACAAAACCGGAAAUCACCCAACUAUUUUCGACCCGACUCGAUCAUCUUCCUACUCCCCAAUCCCCUGCUCCUCCUCCAUCUGCACCAACCGUACCCGGGACUUCUCCAUUCCCACUUCCUGCGACUCUGAUAAUCUCUGCCACGCCGUUCUUUCUUACGCCGACGCCUCGUCCUCCGAAGGAAAUCUCGCUUCCGAUGUUUUCCAAACCGGGAGCUCUGGUAUUUCGGGUUUGGUUUUCGGGUGCAUGGACUCGGUCUCCAACUCAAACUCGGAUCAAGACUCAGUCAGUGCAGGUCUAAUGGGUAUGAAUCGUGGAUCAUUGUCCUUCAUUUCUCAAAUGGGUUUCCAGAAAUUUUCGUACUGCAUCUCCGGUACCGAUUUGUCUGGUCUUUUACUGCUCGGCGAUGCAAAUUUCACGCGGCUCCUCCCAUUAAAUUACACUCCAUUAAUCCAAAUAUCAACCCCAUUGCCGUACUUCGAUCGGGUCGCUUACACAGUUCAGCUCCAAGGAAUCAAAGUCUCCGACAAGCUCCUUCCAUUACCGAAAUCUGUACUCGUACCAGACCAUACCGGAGCGGGUCAAACCAUGAUCGAUUCAGGAACCCAGUUCACCUUCCUACUCGGUCCUGUCUACACUGCUUUGAAAUCCGAGUUCUUGAAUCAAACCAGUGGGGUUCUAAGGGUUUUAGAGGAUGAAAACUUUGUGUUUCAAGGUGCCAUGGAUUUAUGUUAUCUCGUUCCAUUGAAUCAACCGGUUCUUCCCCGGUUACCUCCCGUGACUUUGGUGUUUGAAGGAGCCGAAAUGAUCGUAUCGGGCGACCGGGUUUUGUAUCGGGUAGCGGGUCAAGUAAUGGGAAAUGAUUCUGUGUUUUGUUUCACAUUUGGAAACUCCGAUCUGUUAGGUGUGGAGGCGUACGUGAUUGGCCAUCACCAUCAACAGAAUGUGUGGAUGGAGUUUGAUCUGGAGAGAUCAAGGAUCGGUCUGGCCCAAGUACGGUGUGAUUUGGCUGGACAGAGAUUUGAGAUGGGACUUUAAGCCGUGUGAUUAAGUCGAGGUCGUACUAACGGACGGCUUGAUUUGUUUUGGCUUGCAAACAUCCCACGUGAGAUCAUCUACACCAAGUAAUAAUAAUAAUUCAAGGCCAUUUAGAUCGUGAAUUUGUAGUGGUGUAAGUAACUGUGGUGGCCCACAUGAUCGGACGGCCAUUAGUUAAUGAGAAACUAAACGAAUUAAG